AUGGCCUGGAGUGUCCUUGGGAAAGCUCAGCUUGGGGGACUGCUCCUCUCUCUCCUGGGCUGGGUCUGUUCCUGUGUCACCACUGCCCUGCCUCAGUGGAAGACUUUCAGCCUGGAUCUGAAUGAAAUGGAGACCUGGAUCAUGGGCCUUUGGGAGGUCUGCGUAAAUCAGGAGGAAGUUGCCACUGUGUGCCAGUCCUUUGAGUCCUUCUUAUCUCUGCCCCAGGAACUCCAGGUAUCCCGCAUCCUCAUGGUGGCCUCCCAUGGGCUGGGAUUAUUGGGGCUUCUGCUCUCUGGCUUUGGGCUGGAAUGCUGCCAGUUUUACAAUAUCAGAUGGGUAUUUAAGAGGCGGCUUUGCAUCCUAGGAGGGACUUUGGAGGCAUCAGCUUCAGCCACCACCCUCUUUCCAGUCUCCUGGGUGGCCUACACCACAAUCCAAGACUUCUGGGAUGACAGUAUCCCUGAGAUUGUACCUCGGUGGGAGUUUGGAGAUGCCCUGUACUUGGGAUGGGCUGCUGGUAUUUUCCUGGCUCUUGGUGGGUUACUCCUCAUCUGCUCUACCUGCCUGGGAAAAGAUGUGCCCUUUCCCCAGGUGGCUGGUCCUACAGCCCACCAUAUCGUGCUCCAGCAGAGGAGUCUGAUGACUCCUUCUAUCUAA